UCUUCCUCUUCACUCUCUUAAAAACUCUUCAGGUUUUUCCAGCUGAGCGAUUCAGGCUGAGGCGGGCGCAACCGCACUAGAGGGGAAGUCAAGUCGUGCUGGACUGGCGCGGUAUCCUCUCACGGUUUACAAGUAAAGCAAGACCGGACUCGCAUUUUAUCAAGCUUCGAAAAUGAUGGAAUAUGCUGAUUUUAAAAGUUGACCUGGGAUUUCUAGUUGUCAGGUGUCGAGGCAUGGCUUUCCUUGUAACUUGCUUAUUUUUGUCUUGUUACAGUGCUAACAGUGUUUGGGGAAAUCAGCACAGUGAGACCAGUAUAUAUUUGGAUAACAUCACGCGUAUAUUGGAUAGAUUACUGGAUGGCUAUGACAACAGACUGCGACCUGGAUUUGGAGGUCCAGUUACAGAGGUCAAAACUGACAUCUUUGUCACCAGCUUUGGACCUGUUUCAGAUGUUGAGAUGGAAUACACCAUGGAUGUGUUCUUUCGUCAGACGUGGAUUGACGAACGACUAAAAUUUGAGGGCCCCAUUGAGAUCCUGCGGCUCAACAACUUGAUGGUCAGCAAGAUCUGGACACCGGACACAUUUUUCCGCAAUGGCAAGAGGUCGAUCUCUCACAACAUGACUACCCCCAACAAGCUGUUCCGCAUCAUGCAGAACGGAACUAUCCUCUACACCAUGAGAUUAACUAUAAAUGCAGAGUGCCCCAUGCGUCUGAUGAACUUCCCCAUGGAUGGCCAUGCCUGCCCACUUAAGUUUGGGAGUUAUGCUUACCCUAUCAGUGAAAUUGUGUACACAUGGAAGAAAGGUCCUCUGUCAUCUGUUGAAGUGCCACAGGAAUCUUCCAGUUUGCUGCAGUAUGACCUUAUUGGUCAGACAGUGUCCAGUGAGAGACUAAAAUCCAAUACAGGUGAAUAUGUCAUUAUGACCGUUCAUUUUCACCUGCAAAGGAAAAUGGGCUUCUUCUUGAUUCAGACUUACAUUCCCUGUAUCAUGACUGUCAUCCUGGCCCAAGUCUCAUUCUGGAUUAAUAAGGAAUCAGUUCCAGCUCGGACUGUGUUCGGUAUCACCACUGUCUUGACGAUGACAACACUCAGCAUCAGUGCCCGCCACUCACUCCCUAAAGUCUCCUAUGCCACAGCCAUGGAUUGGUUCAUUGCUGUUUGCUUUGCCUUUGUCUUCUCCGCCCUGAUUGAGUUUGCAGCCGUCAACUACUUCUCCACCUUACAGGCCAACAGGGAGCACCGGAAAGCAGCGGCCAUGAAGGUAGCAGCUCAGGAGGCAGCCGCUGCAGCCGCAGCUCCUGCUGUGGCCGCAGUGAAUGACGUAGAGGUGUCCUCAGUGGAUGCCAGUAGUGUGCUUAAGAAGAGGAUGAACUCCACCCCGAUGUUUGAGCGUCCUGCCAAGACAUUUCCCAACCCACCGGUCAAUGCCCAAGCAUUCCUCCAGCAAGGUUCAGCUGUACCGGCCAACAAUGUUCUGACUGGCACCAGCAUCAUCGACAAAUACUCACGCAUCCUUUUCCCCCUUUCAUUUGGCGCCUUCAACCUGGUCUACUGGAUUGUCUAUCUCACCAAGGACACAAUGGAGAUGUCCAGGGAUACCAUCUAGGCCUAGUGUUUGUUCUUCUGGAUGGCGCACACACACUUACAUGCAUAUAUUUACAUUUAUAUGUAUCAGCCACAACCUUAAAACCAGCGACCGUUGAAGUGAACAACACUGAUCAGUUCAUUUAAAUGCAGCACUCUUCUGGGAAACCUUGUGCUCUGACAUUCAUAUGGAUAUUACUUUGACUUGAACUGCUUACCUAACCUUUGUUCCAGACUAAGCACACCCCACCAUUGCAACAACACUCCCCAACAACAGCAACCUUCCCAAACAGUAUAAUCUACCCCAUGAUAUAAAAACUCCUCAGGAAUGGGUGAAGAACACAACAAAGACAAAAGUUCCCAGAUACUUAUCUGAUGAUGGAUCAGUGGAAUUUUCUAGAAUGAGCCACAAAUUCACAGGAGAUACACUCUACAGAAGCCAGACACCAGAGGACACCCAGCCUCAGACAUCCCAUGUCCAUAUCUGGACAGGUUAGAGUUGCUUUUGCAGAUCAAGUGGAACCCAGUGCUAGGCAAUUAGAUUUAUUGUUAUGGCUAAUCUGAUAUAUAUUUAUGGGGCACAAACAAAAAGUUCCACUUCUCCAUAAAAAAGCAAAACUAAACAAAACCCAGUUAAGUAAGUUAUUAAGUUCUUUUGAUGUCUUGCACUACUUGCAAUGCUCCUACUCUAUUUAUCAUUCCAAGUAGCCAACUCAAGUAGGUAAGUAAUACUGGUGGUAAGUGACAGUUGGAUUGUUAUGACUAAAAACUGCUAUGUACACAUUGCAACACAAGCCAGACUAUUUGUGCCAAAUGCUUCCCCUUAAACACUUCAGGAUGUAAGCGAAAAGUCUGAACCUGGAGUUACACAGUACAUGAAACAAAAGAUAACCAUGACUCUGGUCAUGCUCCUGACCUGAUGUACCACCUAUUUGGACAUUAUAGGCCCUUCUACUACUGACUGCUGCUUAGUCACUUGGCUCUGUCUGACCCAUCUCUAAUCAUUGUUAUUUACAUUUUGAAGAGAUCUAGUUCCUUAAUCCAGAAAGAAUACCACAGGAGAUUCAGAUAUUAAUUGUAGUAUAUGUUUACCUGGCUGCAGAACUAGGGCAUCCACACAUCUAUAAGUUAUAAAAGUUAUAAGUUAUUUUUGAACUUCCAAAAAUAUUACGCUCAUCCAUUUAUUCAGAUAAAAUAUUUUCUAAUUUAAUAUCAGCUCACUGACUUUUAUAUGGCUGCAAAUACAAGUAAACAUAGUAUAGAAAGACGCCAGAUAAAGGCUUCAAGGCUACCUGUAGAAUUUAUUCUUUAUGUUACAAAUCACAAUCCCUAACCUUAACCCAUUGAACCCUUCCUAACAGCAAAGCAGAUAUAAUCUAAAAAUCCGUCUAUAAUAUUGAGUAAGUUUGCCACUGAACUUUGUCUAUAAGUUACACGACAAAAGCAAAAAUAUAUUUAAAAAAAAAAAAAAAAAACCCAGGUUGCCGGAUUCUAGUGCUGGAGAAGAUAGAACAUUUAUGGGGAGAUUCACCAUAUUUAAAUCAGUUAUAGUCUUAUUUCUUUUAUGGGCAGGAUAUGCAGAACAAUCUGAUCACUUAAUAAACUGGAUUUUCACACAAAGAAAAAAAAAAUUUGCCAAGCUCUCUUUUUUGCCACCUCAGUGCAUUGUAUUUCAUUUUAUCUUGUUGCAUGGAAAGCGAGUGCUUUGAUAGCAGAUGUACCUGCUCCUUUUGCCAACUUGACCAGGCAACUCAAAGCCAUAUGAGCUCCAGAGCCCCAUGCUCUGGUAUAAUUUAAAACAGAAACUACAUCUCUCUACCAGUCUUUUUCAUUCAUUUCAAAUCUCUGAGAUAUAACAAAAAAAAUUACCCAUUAGGAAUAUCUGGGGUAGGACCUACUUUGGGAGAGCAAGAGCUAAAGCAUCCACACAGAUCCACUUUGUUGUAUGUAUUGAUUUUCUGUGUGCAUGCAAUUCACAUGCAGUUCCAGACAUCAGAAUGAUAUUGCGUCUGUGUUUGAAAUGACGCAUUUCCUGCUUCAAUAUUUAGAACACACGUAAGGGAAUAAGUGUACUCGUCCUGAUACUGUAUCUAUUGUGACUGAGUGACUGAAUUGCAGGAACUCUCUCACUGCCAGCUCUACUUUCCACUAUUCAUUUUUUCCCUUCCAACACUCUAUUUUUUGGUUCAUUGGCUUAAUUUCCCUCUGCUGGAGUAUAGAGGAUGUGAAGAAAAAUCUUCAAAGGGUUUAGAUGGUGUGUUCCACAGAUUCAUUGGCUGCACUGAAUAUUUAGUGUCACAUGCAGAUGCAGAUGGAAAAAACGUGUGCAUACAGUUACUAGAGUGUUAAAACAUCCACGCAUACCAUUUAUUUACACUUUAUGUUUGUUACGAUUUGGGGUCAAAUUAUAUAUCCUAGAAGUAUAUAUAUAUAUAAAAUGAGAAAAUUACACUUUGUUUGAGCCACAUUUUUGGACUAAAAUAUUGACAUUACUUGCAACCAUUUAAUACAGUGAGGCAUGCCAAUAACCCCCUUUUCACAGAAAAUAUUUAAACCUUUAUAUGCUAAUGUAAGCAUUUUAUUAUUCAAUACUUAUUUUUUCUCCUUUUUUUCAUAAUUUUAAUUGAAGUUUAAUGAUUCCUGCAUUGGUUCCCAAUAAUUUGUCAAGAUGACAGCCAUUGCUCUAGUUUUUCAUUAAAAAGCAGCAGAAAUAGAAAAUUAAAGCUAUCAUCACCAAUUAUACAAAAUGCCAAGACAUAUUCAUUAAUAAUCCACUUAUGUGGAUUAGCAUAUGAUUAUGCAGUGUUUCCAAUUAAGUAAAAAGGGUAACAUGUUCAAGAUAUGUGGUGUCUACAUCUAAACCAGUGUUUUUACUGCCUCAUUGCAUGCAUCAUGCACGAAGGGUGUUUUGAUUUAAAGCGCUUUUAUUAACAAAGACACAAAAAAUAAUAUUAUUUAAUAUUUGAUAGUAUUAAUAAUUAUUAUUCAUAUUAAAUUUAAAAAAAAAACACCUGACUACAGCACCAAAAGAUUGUAUGAAGUCUGAAGUCUGUGUCUGUUGAGUGGCUGUUUGAUAUUGAUGAAACAUAAACAAACUUUAUGGUGGAGAAGUUUUUCCCCAUCUUCUUGUUCAGUUUUGAAUAUUCAGUUCGAAACAAGAAAUAACAUCAUGUUUAGUAGUAUUCAAUCAUUUUAUGUAAUUAUUGUAUCUUAUAUGAACAUUUGUGAAAACACAGAUAUAAUCAGUAAUGCAAAGGUCAAAUGAAGACAAUAUGCAAUGCAACAAAAAAUGCAAUAAUAAAUCAGUUUGAACUCUGAGGUUCAGAUCAAUUUCAUAGAAAAUCAUGGUAGGAUGCAAAUGUUUUCUUUUUUUUUCUAAAUUAGCAUUUUAAAUCUGUUAAUAAUAAUAACAACAAUAAUAAUACAUUAAUAGAAGGGUCUUUGAAUAUUGCCAAGGAUUAUACAUAGCUGUUUUAUAUGCCAUCACUGCAUGGUAUGAUCACAGUUGCCAUUAGGUUAGCCACUUUAUUAGGGUUAAGAAGAGAUGUGUUCUGCUUGUUCUGUUUUAAUAAGUUUGUAGAUCUGUGAAAGAUAGAAUGUCUUGUAUCCUACAUGAAAAAUCUGAUGUUCUAGGUGAAUUGUGUUUGAGAUCCUUGUUCAGUUGACACUGAAACAAAGUGUAUUGUGAUCUAUGAUCUUUGUAAACUGAUUUUCAAAGAUUUGCUCAUUUUAAAACCUGUUGUGCAUUUUUUUUCACAUGUAAAUUAGAAGACUAAAGUAACAAUAAUGGCAGUCUCUAUAAACGGUCCUUGUAUCUUCCUUCUUUCCCUACUUUAUUCAUCACCCUCUUCCCCUCUGUCUAUGAGGCAGAGGCUGAAGAGAUGGGACGUUUCAACCCUUAAUGCCCUGUAUGUCAGGCUGUGUUGUGGAACUGCCAGUGAAAUCAGACUGCUAGAGAACUAUUGGUGCAACCCCAAUGGAGCCUCAGAGCACUGACUUUGUUCCACCUCCAGCAGUGACUGGGCAUUUUUUCUGCAGAACAAUAUUCAGUCAAAUAAUCAGUUUACACAGUGCUGAGAAACUUUUUUUCUAUACGACUGAACUUGUAUGCAUUUACCCAAAGCCUAGUUGCAAGAAUCACAUCUGCAUGAACUCUGACCCUUUAUGUGUAUGUUAGGGUUGUUGAAUGUAGAAGAUAAUGGACUCUAUAUAAAAUAGAAUUCUAUUGUUCUGGUGACUUUGGCCACAAAUUGGCCUUUGCAGUUUUUAUUUUUAUUUUUAUUUUUUUGGUCAUUCCACAGACAUGGGCUUAUUGAUUCUUUAUCAAAUGAUGCUUUUUUCUUUUUUUUCUUAUUUGCCUAGAAAUUUUUACCACACCUUAGAAGACAGUGAAUGCCAUAUACUGUUAUAUUAUGUGUAUAUUUUGUGAAUAUAAUGAGAUAUUUCUGUAUGUACUCCUAUUGUAUGACUCUGCUUGAUGAUCAUCUCCACAUCUUCACAGUAUUAGCCAUUUGUACCUGUUUGAAUGACUACAGCUUUUUACAUUUUAUGAAUUUAGUUGAUCCUUUUAUGCUCCUUUAUACACUGUUACCAAGUAUGGCUUGUUUUUUGUUUGUGUUUAUUUAUUAAUUUAUUUUCAAAAGAUAAUAUUUGCAUAUUCAGUUCUCUCGUCCAUGUUUUGUCAAUAAAUGACCCCUUUAAAUAUAAAUA